AUGUUCAAUGGAUCAAAGCUGGACGAAGACGCCGAAGGAAACUUCAUCCUUGCAGCUGCGAAGAAGAUCCCGGGACAAUGGGACGUGGUCAUUGCAGAGGCGAUGGCGGCAGAGAUGGGAGUGAGCCUAGCUCGGCAGUUCUAUGUCAACAACCCGAUACUAGAGUCGGACAGUCAAGUUCUUAUUACGAGGCUCUCCGAGGCGAGGGGGAAUCAGACGGAACUUGGCACUGUAUGCAGGAGUAUCACAAGGAAACUGCUCGAAAUGGGUAAUGGGUCGUGGAUUUACACCCCGCGGGAAGGCAACAUGGCUGCCCAUAUCAUGGCGCAUUCGUCUGUGAACUGGAAUGAUCAGUGUGUUUGGUUAGAUAGCCCCCCCACGUUUCUUGUUGACCAGCUUGAGCUGGACAAUGUAGCUUCAGCUUCUGCUUAA